AUGCGAUACCAGGGGCGCCAAGAACCUUUUUCCAUGAGAUACGUCCCCCGAAGCAGAUUUGCCUUCCGAUCAGCCCGCCAAAUCCCACCUAGGCCGCUUCAACAUCUACCAGAGGAACUCCUUCUUCGCAUUUUCACUUACGUCUCUCCGGCCGAUGGGAUACCGAUUCAAGACGUAAACGAGCUUCGUGAUUUACUAUGCCUCUCACUGGUGUCGCGCAAGUUCCAUCGCGUCGUUGAACCACUUCUGUAUCAGAACGUGGCCAUCACUGUGGGAACAGUUGAGGAGAUCUUAGUUGUACCGCUUGAUUUGGGAGAUGGCGAGAAAUUCACGGCGCAUUUUCCCGUACCAACUGUGAAGGGUUGCAACAUCAGGACGUUCAUGCGGACUAUGGUGACUCGACCGGACCUACCGAAACACGUCAAACAGGCUUCCAUAUUGAGACCACUCGGAACACCCCAUCCAGCGCCAUCGCCAACAUCCCUUGCAGUGCUAUCGCCGACCGACGAACCUGACUUAGGGUAUCUUUACGACCGUUGUUUACGCUGCCUCAGAAAUGCGGCUGCUACCGGAGACCCUAUCCAGUCCGGCAAAUGUUUUUGUGUGUUGCCCGUACGUGCAACGCUGUCAGUAAUGUCACCCUUACUCAGCUGGUUUCUGCGAACGAUGCAAAGCAUAACGUACCUUGAUCUCUCAAGGUACCAACGCUUUGACCUGCUCGAUCCGGUGUUUCGAACUGUGGGAAGCUCGCCUACAAUCUGCGAACCCCUCCCCUUCAAUGGGGUGCGAACUUUGAGUAUAUCAGGCUACAUCAGUCAACUCACAUUGGCGGACAUAUGGACUGUUUUUGCCUUGCCACGUCUUGAACGAUUAAUCGCAGACGACUUGGAGCUCGGAUGCGACCACGUCGAUAACCACGACGAUAGAAAGCGCGAUCACUGGGCCUCAGCUCCGCCUUCUGGUUUGCAAGAGUUGUAUUUGCACGACGUGUACUCAUGCCGGUGUGGAGGCGACUUCCUGGCUGAGGUCUUCAGGGUGUGUCCUGGUGUACAUACCCUUCGUAUCACCACUAAAUCGACUGGACACUCACGUGCGCUCCUGGAGAAACACCAAAAAUACUUUGGUGGCGUACGACAACUCUUCGUGUACCCUGAGCCACAGCAUUAUGACUUUGACAACUUGGAAGAUUUCUCAUACACUGUCGACACUCAUAUGGAUCAUGUGCGCACAUCGACCGUCAUUGAGCACUUGGUUGUUAGCGUCGCUGAUUUGUUCGAGAUCAAAUCCAGUGACACUUUUCUUUUGCUGGAGGAGGCACGGCUUAACAUGAUGUUACCGACUACACUCCGCUCUCUGCAACUGAGGGUUGAUACGACCCUAACAGGAUUCCCAGAGUUUACUGUUGCCAUGGUAAAUCUUUGCACUGCAGCAAGAGGUCAUUUUCCCGUCAUGCAGCGGAUUGAGAUUAUCGAGGUUCAUCACGACAGAAGCGAGUGCGUGGACGAGCAUUCCGACCCUCGGGAUCCAGAACGUGACAUCGCGUCUCGGGCCUACUACCAAUCGACUAUCGGGCGCAGCUUCCUACGCAAGAUCAAGUAA